AAAGGUACCAUCGAGCCGGGGGACUGCGGAGCCGAGCGCUCUGUACCAUAGAGAUCGGAAAGGGGAGCGAGCGGCAGAGCGGGAAGGAAAGCCAAGACCUGAGAAGUUCAGGCAAGAUGGCGGCGACCAAGAGGAAGCGGCGUGGAGGCUUCGCGGUUCAGGCGAAAAAACCAAAAAGGAAUGAAAAAGAUGCCAAGCAGCCAGCUAAGCUGCGCGACAUGACAGAAGAGGCGGAAGAAGAAGAGAGAGACCGUAUCCCAGGCCCCGUUUGCAAGGGCAAGUGGAAAAAUAAGGAACGGAUUCUUAUCUUCUCUUCUAGAGGAAUAAAUUUCAGAACGAGACAUUUAAUGCAAGACUUGAGAAUGUUGAUGCCUCAUUCUAAAGCAGAUACAAAAAUGGAUCGUAAAGACAAGUUAUUUGUCAUUAAUGAGGUUUGUGAAAUGAAAAACUGCAAUAAAUGUAUCUAUUUUGAAGCUAAGAAAAAACAGGAUCUCUAUAUGUGGCUUUCAAAUUCACCUCAUGGGCCAUCUGCUAAAUUCCUCGUUCAAAACAUCCAUACCCUAGCUGAACUAAAGUUGACCGGAAACUGUUUGAAAGGUUCUCGGCCCCUUUUGUCUUUUGACCCUGCUUUUGAUGAAUCACCACAUUAUACUUUGUUAAAAGAACUCUUAAUUCAGAUCUUUAGUACACCACGAUAUCAUCCCAAAAGCCAACCGUUUGUGGACCAUGUAUUUACUUUCACCAUUUUGGAUAAUAGGAUAUGGUUUCGGAACUUUCAGAUAAUAGAAGAAGAUGCUGCUCUUGUAGAAAUAGGACCUCGCUUUGUCUUAAAUCUCAUAAAGAUUUUCCAGGGAAGUUUUGGAGGACCAACUUUAUAUGAAAAUCCUCACUACCAGUCACCAAACAUGCAUCGGCGUAUUGUAAGAACCAUCACAGCUGCAAAAUACAAAGAGAAACAACAAGUGAAGGAUGCGCAGAAAAUGAAAAAGAAAGAACCAAAGACUAUUCUUCCACAUGAUCCCACUGCAGAUGUUUUUGUUACACCAGCCGAGGAAAAGCCAAUAGAAAUACAGUGGGUAAAGCCAGAGCCCAAAGUCGAUUUGAAAGCAAGAAAGAAAAGAAUUUAUAAAAGGCAAAGAAAAAUGAAACAGAAGAUGAACAGUGGGAAUGCAAAAUGAAUCAGUGGAUAACUAACUUUUCAGUAAUUUUAUAUUUAUUUUGUAUUCAAUGUGUAAAUACAUUUUAUUAUCCAGGACUACCUUGUAUCUUACUAGUGUGGCAAUUUAGACAAAGAGAUAUCAAAUUAAAAUUUGUGGCUUCA